AUGUUCGAUACAUCCACAAAAAAACCCUGUUCAGUUUCGAAAUCCUCACCUGGAGUGCGGCACAGGGUACGUGAUCGGGCCCAUAGUCAAGGGAGCGCCUGGGACAACUGGCCCAUACCCAAUGGGCUGGGGGAGGUUGACGGGCGUGCCAACUGCAGAGACCCCAAUGGGCUGCCCAAUAGCUGGGGCUGGGGCUGGAGGCUUGUUGGGCUUGGUGCCACUGGGCUGGCCCGUAAUUGGGCCCCCCUGGCCCACCGACACCUCACCACUGCUCACAUUGGUGAUGUCAUGGAUGCUCGACCGCCUGCGAUCCUUGUUCAUAGAGUUGAGACGAAUGAAGUAUUUCUGGGCAUGACUCGCCACUUGGGUUGGGGUUCGUGUCACCACAAAGUUGCGCGAAAUGCUCCGCCAAUCGCCUUUCCCUCCGUACCAAGAACCCGAGACGAUGCUCGAAACCCUCAUACGCGACACUUACGCACUUUCCACCAACGCCAUCACUACCUUCGACCUCAAAUUUCAGCUCCUCACCACCAUCACCAACGCACCUCCAUCGGAGAGUCGGCUUCACCGUUCACUCUGACCGACGAGCUCCUCUAUGCACUCAACAUGGCCACCGACACUAACGUCUAUGUCAGCACCCUGAAAUACCACGUCAUCCCAAACCGACGCCACACAUUUUUCUACCUCCAAAACCUGACUUCCUCCUUCCUCGAAACCCUACAGCCCAACUACUCUGCCCUGAUGCAGAAAACCCUCGACCCGCGGCGGUCGCGGUGGACAACGCCACAACUGUCGACAUCA